UCCGCCUCUCGCGGUCCCUCCCUCCGGCACGCCGGCGCCCAGCGGCCGCGCUUCCUGCGUCCCCAUCCCGGUCCGAGAGCGGGCUGCGCGCUCUCCGCCCCCGCGCUCCCUCGACCGAGCUUCCCCGGAGCCCCCAGCCCCGGGAUCGCGGCGCCCGAAGGAGGCAGCCUGUGGGGGCCGGGGUCGUGUAGCCCCCAGCCCCCGGCCGCCCGACCGAGACCGAGCUGGACCCGCCGCCGCCGCGGUGGAUCCUUAACUCAAGAUUUUAGCAUGAGUUGUUGUCAGGCCUGCCUGGAGGCUCCCUAGGUAACAACAGACCUCCCAGCCGCAGUUGUCCGCACGGGAUGCCUCACCUUUGCUUGAAACCAUCCCUUGAGAGUCCGGCUGCUGUUUUUUUAGCGUGGCGCUAGGGAUUUAGUGCAAGGCGUUUAAGGGGUUUUUGUGGCUGCUGCUGCUGCAGCUGUUUUUUUUUAUUUAUUUAUUUUCUUUCUUUGAACCCGGGCCUCGCCCCGCUCGCGCUGGCAUGAUGGCCCAGUCCAAGGCCAACGGCUCGCACUACGCGCUGACCGCCAUUGGCCUGGGGAUGCUGGUCCUCGGGGUCAUCAUGGCCAUGUGGAACCUGGUCCCCGGGUUCAGCGCCACCGAAAAGCCAACCGCUCAGGGGAACAAGACGGAGACAGGGAGCGGCGUUCUCAAGAGCAAGACCUUCUCCGUGGCGUAUGUGCUGGUCGGGGCCGGGGUGCUGCUGCUUCUCCUGUCCAUCUGCCUGAGCGUCCGUGACAAGAGGAAGCAGCGGCACGGUGAGGAGCUGGCACACAUCCAGCACCCGGGGGUCGAGCCUCACGCCCACGAGGAAGACAGCCAAGAGGAGGAGGAGGCCUCCUCAAGGUACUACGUCCCCAGCUACGAGGAAGUGAUGAGCACAAACUACUCAGAAGCGAGGGAACCGGACCAGAACCCCAGGAUGAGCAUCUCUCUCCCCUCCUACGAGUCCUUGACGGGGCUGGAUGAGACAAGCCCCACCACCACCAGGGCUGACGUGGAGACCAGCCCGGGGAACCCCCCCGACAGGCAGAACUCCAAGUUGGCCAAACGCCUGAAGCCGCUGAAAGUUCGAAGGAUAAAAUCCGAAAAGCUGCACCUCAAAGACUUUAGGAUCAACCUGCCAGACAAAAAUAUGCCUCCUCCGUCCAUCGAGCCUCUGACUCCCCCGCCACAGUAUGAUGAGGUCCAAGAGAAGGCCCCCGACUCCCGGCCCCCGGACUGACGACCCCUCCCGGGCGUGUUCCCUCCUGUCACUCAACCUCCAUGCCAACAGAUCCCGAAUGAAGCCACUCAGCCACGGUUGAGAAGCGGAGGGGCCAGGUGUGUACUUAGCAGUUUGGACGGGGCCGGGGGGUGAGGGGGUUCUGGGAUUCAGGAGCGACUCUGCAGCCCCCAGGACCUCACAUGGUAGGUGCAUCGGAAAGAGCUGCUGCUUCGGAUCUCGUGAUGCUGUGACCCCAUCAAGGGAUGGCGCCGGCAUCUUCCCCCUUGUCCUUCCGCGACUCUGAAUCGCCAGUGACGACACUCCUCGUUCCAAUUAGGAAAGGAUACCUAGCAACUGGUUUAGAUUGUGGUUUUGUUUUGCUUCCACUAGGACUGUUUUGUUUCCAAAAGAAAACAAGUUAUACCUUCGCUUUUUCCCUGGUAUCCUGAACUGUGGGUAGGAAAGAUGACCCGCUUUAUAGAAAGGACACGGGCCCAUUUUGUGAAUUAAGCCGAAUGAGAGGCUGAUUACCCUGGGGUGAGACCCAGGUGGGGUUCUCAGAGCCCCUGAUGCCGUCAGUUCUUUUGAGGGCCCAAAGCCUGAGGAUGCGUAAGAUCCUAGUUUUAAUUGGUAGACUUUACUAGUCUCUCCUAUGUAAUGGCAGAAAAAGGAAAGCCGUCUGGGAUGCUCUGUUCCUUCUAAAAUGCCUUGCAACUGAGCUUUUUGUAAUAAAAUAUUUUAUAUGUCACACAUUUGGUGCUGAAUUACUUUAGCAGUUCUUCCAAUACUGACUUGCUUAGGGAGAAAUCUCACUGAUGAGAAUAAUACUAGCUAAUAUAUCCUGAACACUUAGUAUAUGCCAGGCGCUGUGCUAAGCACCUCACAUAUUUAUCCCAUUUUCAACUGUACCCAAGCCAGGUAUUACUUCCUGUGGGUUAGUUCACGAAGAAUCAGGUUAAUUAAAGGGCCCUAUGUCACACCGCUAGGAAAUGACAGAGCCGGGAUUUGAACCUAGGCCUCCAGGGCCUGAGUUCUUAAACACUGUAGUGUGCCACUCAGUGGAAAGGGCUUUUUCAGACUUUGAAUGAGGACCUGUGCUUCCCAAGAGCUGAGACUGUCCCCGUCAACCCACAUGCCCAACAGAAGGGUCUGGGUAUUUAGACAGCAGCUAAACAUCCUGUGACAGCUCUUCUCCUAAGAACUGGCCCAGAUGGGCUGUAUGAUCAUGCAGAGUGAGCGUGUCCUCGUGGAGAGGGCAGAGUGCCUACCUGCGGAGCCCAGGAGAGAAAUUCAACAAACGAGAACAUGCAGAGGAUGGCAGACUGCUGAGGCUGGGCUGAAUGAGAGGACCAGGGACGUCUGGGGUCACGGUCUUGACUGUGGAGUGGGAGUCUGGCAAGACAAAUCUGAGUCCAAAGUUCCCUUCCUGGGACUUCCCUGGUGGUCCAGUGGUUAAGACCCUGCGCUUCCAAUGCCGGGGGGCUCGGGUUCCGUCCCUGGUCGGGGAAGUUUCACAUGCCAUGCGGCGCAGCCCAGGAAAAAAUAAAAUAAAGUUCCCUUCCUGGUCCUGGCAAGCGUGGCGUGGGCUGCUGGGGGUCUGUGUAGCUAGGAGGGUGGUUAGAAGAGCACAUUCUCAGGCCCUGAUGUUUCCUAAAAGCUCCCGUGGGAGAGGAGGAGCGGCAAUUAGGAAGUCAAGCACCUUCUUACAUCAGAAUUGGCAACCGUGCCUAAAUUCCAACCUUUCAUUUCCUUAUGUAAAUCCAUCUAUAAAAAGGGAGCUGCAAUACCGGAGCACCAGGUAUCUGCUCGGUGGCCUGGGAUACCCGGAGGCCUGGUCUGGUCCCAGCCCACCCCUGAGCCAGCCUAUGCCUCUCCAUGUA